AUGUCUAUAAGAAGAACACAUUGCAUUGCAACCACUUGGAUGAAAUUAAGUUGUGAAACAAAGCUGUUUUGGUUGUUUGUCUGUACAUUGAGAGAGAGUGUGUAUUAAUUAGGAGCAGGCGAUGGGUUCUCUUAUGGCAGGUUGGGACUCUCCUGUCCCACACCCUAAUCUUGAAAAAUAUAGAAGGACUAAAUCAUUGACAAAGGAAGAAAUUGAAGCGUUUUGGAAGUCCAAGAAGCUGAAAGAGGAGGAGCACUUGAGGGAUAUUUCUCUUCUCUCCCCUCGCACCCCCCAGAAAAGUGUAUUUGAGGAAGGUGGUACAAAAAUUAGAAGAAAGGAGGAGGGAGCUACUACUGCUGACCCACUACUGUCCACAACAGAGACGGAUCUCUUAGAGACGGAACCUGAUAAAAAUCUUGAAAAACUAAUACAAAAGAAUGGCUGGUGGAUCAGUAGUAACUGGGCGUUUCUGAACGAACCUCCGGUGAUUGCAACGGAAGGGACCCGGCAGAAGUACGCUUCCCAGUUUCACGUCGGGAAUAUGGCCGGUUCAGGCCGGACCGGAAUCAACGCUUGAGUCUACUUUUGAGUUUAUAUAUGACUUGAUAAUGUAUGUAAAUAUGGUUUGUGUUUUGGUCUUUUCGGACAUUUCCUUCCCACUCUUUUUCUGGUGUGCUGGCUUGUCUGUACAUAGCCUGUAAUAUUCAUUUAAGCAACAAUGUCAUUGCGGAGUUACCAAAUUAA